AUGGACGAAUUGCCCGACUACCUGAAGUUUCUGCAGGAGGAGGAUGAAGAAAUACAGAGCAAAUUUGCGGCAACCAAGACGAGGGGGGAAAAGGCCGAUUCCAUGAAAACGCUUGCCGAGUUUUGGGAGCAAGAGAAGGCCAACAACUUGCCAGAAGCCAUCGCUGAGCGAGAUCGAACCAGAAAGAUUGCCGAAGGCGAAAUGCGCCCGUCUUCGUUUGCCCGCCCACGUCCUCUGCCAGCGUCUUCUAGUAUUGGGCGAUCCUUCAGCUCGCAAGACUCGACUGCUACCAAGAGACGCGCGCCUGCCACACCUGCCACCAGCGAUAGGUCCCGACGCUCCACCGCCCAUUAUGCAGACACGGAGGACGCCCCGACAAGUCUCGGUAUACGCCAGGCCAGCGCUUCAAGUACGCCGCGUGGUAACAUGUUUUCAAGACGGACGAGCCCGGGGGUUGCCCCGGGCUUCGAACAGCAACGUAUGCAGAGCACUGGAGGGAGGUUAUCCCAGGAGUCGACUCCUGGGAGUAAUGUGGGUUCAUCGAAGAAGGAGGCUCUCAACGACUACCCGAUCCAUAUCAUUGUACCCAAGAAUGCCGAAAAUGCCGACUGGACGGUGGAGAGCAAUCCCGAAAGUGACGACUGGUUCGUGAGGAGCGAAGACAUUCCCCGAGAUCUGCGUGAAUACCUUGCCGAGCGCCUGCAUGGCCAGAUUGUCGGCUCGAAACGAAUACAAGCCUGGAACAGAAUGAAGCCUUGCGUCGAUGUCUGUGUGCUCCACAAUGCCAUUUCGAGGAACGGAAAGCCUGUGUUUCCCACGGCAUGGAGGGCAUGCACAACCUGUGCGAAGACAUCAAAUAGCACGAAGACAAAACCACGUGUUUGUGCCCUCCUUCAAGAAGAUACAGACGGCACACGUUGCAUUGUCGUCCUGCCAUUGCCAGAGGAGUUGAGAGUGGGGAAGAGUUGGGAGGAUAGGGAAUUUUGGGUGCGAAGCGUGGAAUCUGCGGAAUGA